UGACGUGCAUAUACAGACUGCUAGCACCGCUGUUCACAGAACUCAACAACUCGAUGUGUUUGGUGAAAAUAGUACUACUAAUAUUACCUCAAACCUGCAUAUGGAGUUUUGUCCAUGUUGCAUUGUAUGUUGUUGACAUGAUCUCCCCCUGCAGCGACAGGAAUUGGUGCGGUCCAAUAGUAUUGGAGGUAAAACUGGGAAGCGGUUUGUUUUCAGCAAGGGAAGGAACAGUGCUGAUGGUCUCAGCUGCGAUAUAGGAUUUUAACCACUUUAGGGGGCUGUGGCUGUUAAACGUUUAAUUGCUUCGACAAAACUGUUUCGUAGCUCGCCAUGGCUCUGUGCGGUGGUGUCGGAGUCAUGGCUCUACCAAGCGAGCUAAUCGUCCAUAUAUUCUCUUUUCUGUCGGACCGAGACAAGCUCCGGGCCUCGGCCGUUUGUUCGCGAUGGCGGGAGUGUCUGUUCUAUCCAGCCCUGUGGACAGAACUCAAACUACGAAUAGGUGGUGGAGGCUCCAGCUCUGAGGAGACGCUGAGGUUGGAGUUCCUCAUGCGGAAGUUCGGCGCUUUCGUGCGGGAGCUGCAACUGGAACUCGCUCCCACGGAAGUCAGCCUCCGUUCCCUCAACAACGAGCCGUCGUCCACCAGAGUCGACCUGCCUCCCGGUCCUGGCAACGACCAGCAACUCUCCAAGCGAUGGAGAGACGCCGUGAGUGCCUACUUGGACCAGGUGUUGUGUGUGUUCGCCAGCAUCAGCAACAACAGGAACCUGCAGAAGUUGAGUCUGUAUGGUGACACCUGUGCUCUCCAACAGGAGGGACUCCUGGACAGUUCCAACCUGCAUCACAUUCAUCAGGGCCACAAGAAAAUCAACGAGAUCCAGCGGUUGUUCAGAGAGUUGUUGUCGAACAGCAGGCAGCUUCGGUGGUUGUCCUGUAGCUUCAUGCUGGGUCUGGUGACUUCCACCUCAUUAGCAUGCCUGUCCAAUCUUUCCUCUGAGACCUUGCAGCACCUCAGCUUACUAGACCACCAGCUUGGUCCGCUCAUCUCACCAUCAGAGUUGAAUCGUCUUUCAUCUCUUCAUUCUCUGGCUCUUGAUUUCUCUGAUCUGACGUCUGAGCUUUGUAGUCUGCUGGCAUCACCCCAUCGCACUCCGCUGCAUCGUCUCUCCCUGCUGCUCAAUGGUGCCACUCUGGAGUUCAAAUCAUUAGAAGGCACAGCCACAGAGGAUGAUUGGAAAGCACUGGUACGAGUGAGUACUAACUUGCGAGUGUACAUCAUGGCCGUGGAGGUCAACAGCUCGGAGCUCCUCAGGGUUCUAAAGCCAAGCCUUCCACUGGAGCGCAUCCACCUGGACAGUUACAACACACUGGUGUCCGACGCCACCCUGGAGCUCAUCGCCCAGCAAUACAACAAAACGCUGACACACUUCCUGUUACUGAGGGAUGACCCGGAUUUUCCAGACCUCAGUGUCAAUCGCAAUGAAGAUCCAUUGGUCCUCUUAGCUUGGAGAUGCACUCAGUUGGCUGUGCUGAUGAUACACGGCUAUACAGUGUGGUCCCACAACUUGGUGGCAAUCUCCCGGCUGCGUGGCUCCAGUCUGCGUGUCCUGACGGUGUCUGAGGAGAGCAUCGACUUUGACCCUGACCAGCCGUUGUAUUUGGAAGGUGAUCCAGUUCAUAACCUGGUGAAAGAGGUCUCGCAGGGUCUUGGCCGAGUGUGGCACCCAUGCUUGGAUUACAGCCUGGUUUUGACGGAACCCACCCAGCACUUCCAUCGUGAGCUGCAAGCCUUUAGUAUGGAUCUUAAGAUUCUGGUCAGUCAGCCCGGCGACAGCAGCGGUGACGGCAGGCUCACUCUUGGUCUCUGUGAGACCGGCUCGAUGGCCCCAGUUUUAUCGUGGUACGAAUGUUGUGCAUUUGUUUAAAAUCAGGACAAUUUGCAAUAACAGCAGUCUUACUAGCAGUGCUGACAGCGCCUGGCUGCGUCUCUAGGAAACCAUAGAAGAAGAGAGAUAGUCUUUAUGAAUAGUAGAUCUAUAAACUGUCAGAGUGCAUAUUUGUAGAAAUCUCAACUAUUCAUGACUGUGGUAUAUACAUAAAUACAUGUCCAGGUUCAAUUUAUGAACAUGAAGUAUGUUAUGAAAUCACCCGUUCUUUGUACAUCCGAAAAUUGUGUGUGCGUGUGCGCAUCUGAUAGUCAUGUUCCAGUGUGACUGUGUUGGUUAAGUGUGCACAUGAUGUAGCUUUUACCUUGUCUUUGAUUACUACGGGAUCGCAUUUGCCCCGAAUCACAACAGGACAAGAAUUCAGAUGUAUUAGGUUGCUUUACAAAAAAUAGAUUUCAAAUGUAUUUACUUCAUCUAAGAUACGGUGCAAGAUGAAGAACUGGUUCAACACCAGCUAAAUCAAACUUACCAGGAAAAACUACUGUCCUUACAUAUUCGUUCUAAGGCUACUUUUUAGUGAAUGCAACUGAAAUUAUUGUGAACUUUAAUUCUAAUGAUUUUUGGGUUGCCCUCUGCAAGUAUUCCUAAUGUGGUGUGUGUGUAGAGCCGAGCUCCCAAGCUGACAGGUCCAAUAUGCUCAUUGAGAACAGUAUUGAUCCACAGCGGUUGUGUUGUGGCAAAAAAAAAAAGGGGGAGGGUUCACACAAACCUCUACAGAAAACAUCUCAACAAACAUGAGGGGGGGGGGGGAAGCUGCAGAAUGUUUUGACUCUUGUGUUGAAUGAAUGCUUCUUCUUUUAGUCAGUGAAUAAAAGCAUCAGAUAUGUA